UUCCAUCAAUCCAGAGCCAAUCGGGAAGGCGUUAAGGAAAAAAGGCCACGCCUCUCGACAAACAGCCCAACUGGGUUGUUUUCAGAAGAGAAAUUUUCGGUCCAUUUUUUUGUAUUGCGCGUUAUCAUAAUUGUUUUUAAAUAUUUAACCAGAUGUCGUGUUUUAUUGCCAGCGUGCCUUUUGAACCGGCUGCGCGCACACUUUCACAUGGAGCAGUGUUUUAGUAUCGAAACAGUUUUAAGUUAAUUCGGUGUUUUGUUUGAAGUCGUGGUGGGAAGCUCAGCAACUCGACUAGCUUAGCAAUUGCCGAGGAGGUCUUCGUGCCCCCCGAGUAUGAGUUCAGAAUGAAGCGGCGUUUGGAUGAUCAGGAUGCGGGUUUCGCAGCGCAGCAGCGCAGGCUCCCAGGAGGUGCAGAGGGCUUCCAGCACAGGGUUCUGGCUCCAGCGCCAACAGUGUACGAGGCUGUGACCGAAAGCGUUCAGCCCACCUCUGGCAUCCAGUACCCUGUUCCCCCGGGCUACCAGGUUCCUGCUGUGUCUCAGAGCUCUGGAGCGCAUGGCCACACUCCAAACCCUGCUGCUGCUCACGGCAGCUCCCAUCACCACAGCCCCGCUGUACAGUCUCACGGCCCUGCGCUAGUCCAGAGCCACAGUCACCCACCCAACCCCACUACUGCCCCUACACCUGGCCAGCAGCAGUUCCAGAGGCUGAAGGUGGAGGAUGCUCUGUCCUACCUGGACCAGGUGAAGCUGCAGUUUGGAAGUCAGCCCCAGGUUUACAAUGACUUCCUGGACAUCAUGAAAGAGUUUAAGUCUCAGAGUAUCGACACACCAGGUGUGAUCAGCCGAGUGUCCCAGCUGUUUAAAGGCCACCCCGACCUCAUAAUGGGCUUCAACACCUUUCUACCACCUGGAUACAAAAUCGAGGUGCAGACCAACGACCUGGUGAACGUAACAACGCCAGGCCAGAUCCACCACAUCACACCACAUGGAAUCUCGGUGCAGAAUAUACCCACAACAACUCCAGCACAGCACCAGAGUCACCCAAGUGCACAAGCGUCCAGCACAGGCACCGCUCCCUCCACACAGCCUUCUCAGAAGAACAAGCCUUUGCAGUCUCCAGCCCUCACUCCCAGCAGUCAGCCCAACCCGUCCAUCCCGCCGUAUGCCUCGCCCCGUUCUCCGCCGCUCCACCCCCACACCCCCAUCAGCAGUACCCCCAACGCCCCACCACUGCAAAACAACCAGCCUGUGGAGUUUAACCACGCCAUUAACUACGUCAACAAGAUUAAGAAUCGCUUCCAAGGCCAACCAGACAUCUACAAAGCCUUUCUGGAGAUCCUGCACACAUACCAGAAGGAGCAACGUAACGCUAAAGAGGCGGGGGGAAAUUACACACCAGCUCUGACUGAGCAGGAAGUUUACGCUCAGGUGGCACGGCUCUUCAAAAACCAGGAGGACCUCCUCUCGGAGUUUGGGCAGUUUUUGCCAGAUGCCAGCAGCUCUGUGCUGCUGGGCAAGACUACAGCGGAGAAAGCAGAAUCUGUGCAGAACGAUCAUGGAAGUACAGUAAAAAAACCACAGCUGAACAACAAGCAGAGGCCAAACCAGAACGGCUGCCAGAUUCGCAGACACUCCGGCUCUGCUGCAACCACACCACCGGUAAAGAAAAAGUCAAAGUUGCUUCAGAAUCAGAAGGAGAGCUCUGUAGCAGAGGCCAGCAAGCAUGGAGUCGGCACAGAGACUCUCUUCUUUGAGAAGGUGCGGAAAGCCUUACGAAGCGCUGAGGCUUAUGAUAACUUCCUGCGGUGCCUGGUUAUCUUUAACCAAGAAGUGAUUUCACGAGCUGAGCUCGUGCAACUGGUGCUGCCUUUCCUGGGGAAGUUCCCAGAAUUGUUCACAUGGUUCAAGAACUUCCUGGGUUACAAGGAGAUGUCCCAUUUAGAGAGCUACCCCAAAGAGCGGGCAACAGAGGGCAUCGCCAUGGAGAUAGACUACUCGUCGUGCAAGAGGCUGGGGUUCAGUUACAGAGCACUGCCUAAGAGCUACCAGCAACCCAAAUGCACAGGAAGAUCACCGCUGUGUAAAGAGGUGCUGAAUGAUGUGUGGGUUUCAUUCCCGUCUUGGUCAGAGGACUCGACUUUUGUCAGCUCUAAGAAGACACAGUACGAGGAGCACAUUUAUAGGUGUGAGGACGAGCGCUUUGAGUUGGAUGUGGUUUUGGAGACAAAUCUAGCCACUAUUCGCGUGCUGGAGUCCGUGCAGAAGAAGCUCUCACGCAUGUCUGCUGAAGAACAGGCCAAGUUCCGACUGGACAACACGCUCGGUGGCACUUCUGAGGUCAUCCACCGCAAGGCCAUUCACAGGAUAUAUGGAGACAAAGCCAUGGACAUCAUAGAUGGAUUGAAGAAGAACCCUGCUGCUUCCGUCCCAAUAGUCCUUAAAAGAUUAAAGCUAAAAGAAGAUGAAUGGAGAGAAGCGCAGCGGGGCUUCAAUAAGAUUUGGCGCCAGCAGAACGAGAAAUAUUAUCUCAAGUCAUUAGACCACCAAGGCAUCAACUUCAAGCAGAAUGACACCAAGGUUCUCCGCUCGAAGACCCUCCUCAACGAGAUCGAGAGCAUUUAUGAUGAGCGCCAGGAGCAAGCCCCUGAGGAAAGCGGGACACCGGCGAGCGGCCCUCACCUCACCUUCACCUAUGAGGACCGGCAGAUCCAAGAGGACGCCGCUGCCCUGAUUAUCCACCAUGUCAAGAGACAAACCAGCAUCCAGAAAGAAGACAAGUACAAGAUCAAGCAGAUAAUGCACCACUUCGUCCCUGAUAUGCUCUUCUCUCAGCGAGGUGCUCUGUCAGACGCUGAGGAGGAAGAAGAAGAAGAGGAGGAUGUCGAGCUCGACGAAGGAGGCUCCAAAAAGCACAACGGUGUAACCGGGAGCCCCAGCAAAUCCAAGCUCCUUUUUACCAACACGCCAGCUCAGAAGUUGCGCUCCUGUGACGAUGCCUACAACCUCUUCUUCGUCAACAACAACUGGUACAUCUUCCUGCGCCUGCACCAGACGUUGUGCACGCGUCUCCUGCGUCUGUACACCCAAGCUGAGCGGCAAAUCGAAGAGGAGCUUAAGGAGCGUGACUGGGAGAGGGAGAUCCUCGGCCUCAAGCGGGAAAAGAACGACAACCCUGCCAUCCAGCUUCGGCUUAAGGAGCCCAUGGACAUAGAUGUCGAAGACUACUACUCUGCCUUCCUGGAGAUGGUGCGCAAUUUACUGGAUGGUAACAUGGAGGCAUCUCAGUACGAGGACUCACUGAGGGAGAUGUUUACCAUCCACGCCUACAUCGCCUUCACUAUGGACAAACUCAUCCAGAGCAUCGUCAGACAGCUGCAGCACAUAGUGAGUGAUGAGAUCUGCGUGCAGGUCACAGAUCUGUACAUGUCUGAGAGCAGUAGCAGCGCCACCGGUGGCUCGCUUUCCACGCAGGCCACCAGAUCCCCUGCAGAGUCAAGCUACCAGCGUAAAGCCGAGCAGCUCAUGGCUGAUGAGAACUGCUUUAAGCUGAUGUUCAUUAAGGGGUGUGGAAAUGUGCAGCUGACAAUCGAGCUUUUGGACACAGAAGAGGAGAACUCGGACGAGCAAGGAGAUACAGAGCGCUGGUCGGAUUACAUGGGCCGAUAUCUUGCUGCUGAUGUGACGUCACCAGAGCUGAGAGAGCACCUGGCGCAAAAGCCUGUUUUUCUUCCAAGAAAUCUACGGCGAAUCCGGAAGUGUCAGCGAGGGCGUGAACAACAGGAGAAGGACGCAAAAGACGCUGGAAAGAAGGAGAACCCGGAGAACAUGAAGAUGGAGUGCAUGUUUAAGCUCAACUCCUACAAGAUGGUGUACGUGUUCAAGUCUGAGGACUACAUGUACAGACGCACCGCACUGUUGCGAGCUCAUCAGUCACAUGAGCACGUGAGCACAAGACUGCAUCAGCGCUUCCAGGCCUGGCUGGACGGAUGGGUGAAGGAGCACGUGAGCCAGGACAUGGCCACCGACACCACCAAGUGGCUAAUGGGAGAAGGGCGAGAAGGGCUCAUCCCGUGCACUACGUCCUGCGACCCAGAGACGCUCUACUACAGAAACAUCAACAAGUACAGAGUGAAAUACAGCAGCAGCUACAAAACACCGUGACACGGUUGGCAUGAACGGGUUGGGUGGUUAUCCAUGAGUGUGCAGCCGAGGAAAUGGACUUGGCAACAACUUUUUAAGGUGCUCAGAAGCUCUAAUGUCAGUAGUGGUGGCUGCCGUACAUCUUUCUUUCUUUUUUUAUUUUUAAGCGUUAUUAAUUGAAUCUGUGCCCACGUUGCUAUCUGUGCCAAACCAUGGGGAUAAAAUUUGCAUCAAACAGCAUGAAGUUUAGUUUAAUGUAGGAGCAGAACCGUUGUAAUAGGGGUCCCGGUCCUGCCGAGCUUGUCACAGGCUAAAAAUAAAAUAUUUGACUCAUUCAGGCACAGGCCAGGCAAUAGAGAGAUUCAGUGCUGUGUCCUUUCUCUCUAAAUCACCUGAUAGAUGCUGUUGAACUUGAUGGAGAAAACUCGGGAAGGAAAUUAAUUAAGCUUGUGAUAAGUGCACUUAACAGAGGGAUAGACAAAGGUAUAAUAUACAAUCAUCUUGAGAUACAGUUUCAAAAAUGGAAAAGCACAGCUUUCAUCAUCCCGUGUUAAUGACAAAUUUAUACACAAAUUUAUAUCACAGUGAGACGUGAGCACAUAGGUUUGUCACCACCCUGACUGUGAACCUUAUAAAGUUGCUGGCAAAGGCCAAUGCCAAAACACCAGCUAGAGCGUACACACAUACACAAACAAGCAAAGUUACAAUGGACGUUUCAUGGAACAGUUCCCUGUUUGUAAAUAGCUCUGUAUAUAUAUUUUGCCAAACCUUUUUGCUCCUUUUUUAUGACCGAGACCUGCAUUGUUGUUCUCAUGGACCGUUACAGGCUUACUGUGGACAUUAGAAAGAGAGACGGCUAAAAAGGAAACAUGCAAGACAAGUUUAUUACUGUUUUUACCAAAGGGAGUUAAUUAUAAUGAUAGUCGUUUUUCUUUUUUCCCUUUAUUUCUUUUUCUCUUCUUUUCAUGUUUACUCCUUUCCCCCCCUCUCCUUUUUGUGUUUUUUUAAUAGUAAAGAAUUGUUCAUUUUGUAAAAGUAGAAAUGUAUCCAGGUUCUUGUUUUUGAAAUGUUUUUAUAAGAAAAGGGGAGGGAAAAAAAGACAAAACAUUUUAAUUUUUUGGAAGGUAAAAUUCAGGCUCCUUUUUCAGCACACCUUAAUCACUGCCUGUUUGGAUAAACAUCUGUUCUCUAGUCUGAACACUGAGGAAGCCGAGUGUUUAAGCUCACACCUUCCUCGGCUAUCCGGAGAAGCCCCGCGGAUGUUACUUGCUGCAUUCGUCUCGCGAGGUUUUCUUCUUCACCCUGGAUAGAUUUCUGCUGGAUGAUAAUAUAAAUAUAUAUAUAUAAAAAUAUAUGAAUUAUAUACAUUUUAAAAAUGAGAGUCACAAAAGCAUGUCUUUUUUUCUGUGAAUCAUAGCCCCUUUAUUUCGAUAUUAUUUAAGAUAAUAAUAAAAGGACAUUUGUAGCAGAUGCUUGGAGCAUUUCUUUCUGCGCAGUGUCAGAGAUUCAACCAUUAUUAGCUGAGCAAUGCCUGGUUUAGUCAGAAGAGGGAGCCAGAUGUUAGUUCUAUUUAUCACUUAAAGUGUCCAAUAUCCUGCCUGUGCAUUAAUGUUUAUGCAGCACUGCAGAGGAGAUGCAGUAAUCUCCUUUAUGUAUUUUUACUGUUUUUUGUUUUGUUUUUUUAAGUAGAGAGGAUGUGUAUUUUCAAGAAAACAUAUGUACAGCCAUAUAACCCAAUAGCACAGUUUUCAGUAUGUUGUAUUUUUACAGCAGCGGUGCAAGGUUUAAAAUGUUAGUAAUAAAAAAAAUAGCACAUGGACACCUGA